AUGACUAAAAUAGACGAUUUAUGAUGGGAGCAAGAGGUUGAAAAUUAUUACAAACUUCUAGAGAGAUUUACUUUAUUCUCAACGCUUAUAAGUGUGCUGUUUUGGACUCUCUCUUUAAUUUAUAACUUUGAAUACUAUUCUUCUCCUGGCUGAAUCUGCGUUCUUGUGACAGGCACCUUUUCAUCCACUAUAGUGAAAAUUUUUUCUACCAAGAGAGCCAAAUGCAAGUCUUUGGUUUUACUCUCAUAUUCAGAGGUCCUGAAUUUCCUUUUAAGUUAUAUUGCGAACUUUAUGAAAGAUGAUCAAAGCCAACUGAUUGAGACUAUUGCUUUCCUUGUGGUUUUUUCGUUUCAGCUGGCAAUCUAAAAAAUAAUGUUGUCAGAAAUAGUUCUCUGCGGCGAUUUUUCGUCUCUAGAGCCAUUUUAUUAUUAUGUAGUUUUGGCUCUACCGGUGAAAAUUUGGUUAACUAUUUAGGUAAUAAGCCAGCCAUGUGGCCUGAACUUUGGUUUUUAGAGCAUAGAUUUUUCCAAUUAGUUUUCUUGACGAAGUCAAGAUCCUCAAAGGGGCAUUCGCAGGAGAAGAUUAUUAGACUAUAGAUAUGCAUUUAUAAUCCCUGAGCAAUAUACGCUUCAAAAUGUUAGGCUGGGGCAUUCCCUCAAUGCAACUUGAGCGAUACCAAAACUUCCGGCUCUUUUUAGAGUUAUUUUCCAAGUUGAUCCGUAAAAUGGGAUACUGAGAAUCUCCAUUUGCAACCCAAAUGCCAAUAUUACGUAAUUCUUCUUAGAUUAGGCCAGAACACCCCUGAAUCAGAUCAUUUUCAAAUUUAGAAACUUUCACUUUAGAGAUCUUCGUUGAGUCUUUCUUCUUUUUACUUUGGAUUAGCUCAAAAAGAAAAAAAGCUUACAUCAUCAGGAUAAGCUGCCAAGAAGCCGAGGUAGGUCAGUUACCCUGCUUGUUCAGGCACCCGAUUUAGGCCUGGUCGCUGCUAAUAAAAAAGAUGCAAAAAAGUGCUGUUAAAGCCAGGCUACUAAUCAGCAUCAGGGAAUAAUGCAGAGUCUCUCAUUUUAAAGGCUAGCCGAACCCUUAAGCAGCUCUUUUGCACCAAAAAGAGUUGUUAGAUAUCGAUAAUGACUCCCUCUGCAGGAGACAAGCUGCUCUUUAACUGUUAUGCUAUAGAUUUACUCGCAGGAGACAAAUAGGUGAUAGUUCAACACGACUUAUGAGGUGCCGGCAUCCAAGAAAUUAAGCUAUUAUUAAGCUUGGCGAGCCAAAUUGGCCUUGAUAUAACAAGUUGAGGGCUAACGCCUCAGCUCUGUGGCAGUAAUGACGCAUAAUAAACCAUAUCUAUAAAUCUAAGUUAAUUUUCAGCUGACAAUUACCCAAAGCAAGCUUUUAUUCAAUAUUUUGCUUUUAAAGUUUAUGUACGUGUGGUAUAUUAAUGAUAUUUUCUUUGAAGACGAGCAAACUAGAAUAUUCUAUUGCUGCCACAUGAUAUUUGUGAUUAUUUGCUUUUUGAAUAUUAUCUACUCCCACAGUAAAGAUAUCGCUUGUGAAAAAUUUUCAUACCGAAGUGAAUUAUUCUUUUUUUUCUAUAAAUUAUCAAAAUCAUAUUUAUAACUCCCCCCCUCCGUGAGCGAACAAAAAAAUUUUGUUCACUCACGUAUUAAUUUUUUUUUUUAAGAAAUUGAUAUAUAAAUUUUAUAAAAAAUUUUUUUUCGAAAUUUAAAAAAUCCUAAUUCGCAAAAAUUGAAAAGCAAAUAUUAAUUUAAUUUAUAAAAUUUAUGCUUUAAAAAGCAAUUCGUUUAAAAUUAAACAGAAUUAGCUCUAGAUUUCAUUAUAGUAUUUAUCAUUUAUAUAUCAAACUUUUUGUUCCAUAAAAAAUUUUUGUUCACUCACGGAGGGUGGGAUUUUGGGCAAAAAAUAGGGAUUUUUCUAAUGGUUUUGUUCACUCACGGAGGGGAGUAAGAAUUUAUCUUGAAAUUCAUAUUGAAAGGCAUAGAAACUUCCAAAAACCGUCUAAACACAAUUAAGGAGUCCUUUUCUGAUGGAAUCAUAAUACUUUCACAAGAUAUCACAAUUGAGUUCUUCAACCCAAGAGCCCUUCAACUAUUAAGCACUUCCUCCGAAAACCUUAUCGAGACUCUCAAAUCAGCUCAUUACAUAGAAAACAGAAAAGCCUCCAAUUUCAUCCCAACGAAUAAUUUAAUUGAUGACAUUUCCUACCUAUUGAAUAACACCCAGCAGUCUGAAAUUAUCCUUGGAGUUACUUUAAUUAGCUCGUCAAAUUUAGAAUGAAGAUCCAUACAAAUUGAGUGGGAAAAUCGUAAAGCAGUAUUUCUUACAGUCAGAGAUGUAAAUCAUUGAAUAGAGCUUGAAAAGAAGGUUGCUUGUGACCAAAUGAAAACUUUGCUUUUGCGCUCUGUUUCACAUGAGUUGAGGACUCCGCUGAACUCGAUCCUUCAUUUUACAGGAGAUUUGAUUAGCAGCUCACAUACUUGAAGUGACCAAGAGGUAAAAAAAUUGAUGAUGAUUUCGAUUUCAGGCCAGCAAAUGCUGUCUCUUAUAAGCGAUUUAUUGGACUACUCACAAAUUUUGAUUGGAGUAUUUUCAAUUCAUAAAAAUUAUUGCAAUUUGAGGGAAAUUGUGCAGAAUGUUUGCGAUUUAUUUAAAUUUCAGGCUGAAAAGAAAAAUUUGUAUAUUUGUUAUAGAAUUGAUCCAAGUCUGCCGGAGAUGAUUUAUACAGACCAUAUGAGGCUGAGCCAAGUUCUCUUGAACUUGGUAACUCUUUUUAAUAAAAAAAUUAUAUAUAGACAUGGAAAAAUUAAAUAAAUCAUAGUAAUUUUUCUUGCUUAUGAGAAGGUAAGCAAUGCUAUAAAAUAUACUUUAGAAGGCAAAAUUGAAAUAACCUGCACCCUUACAACAAAAAACUUAAUGAAAUGCUGUGUUGAGGAUACAGGAAUUGGAAUCGAAGAAACAGCAAUGAAAAACACGUUUAGGUUUAUGAAAACCUCUAAUGUCCCCAACCUCGGCCCAAAAGGAAACGGAAUUGGCCUUUAUAUAUCAAAUCUUUUAAGCAGACAGCUUGGAAAUAAGUCUAUUAAAGUUCAGUCCAAUAUCGGAAAAGGGUCAGCCUUUUACUUUAAAGUCGACAUUUUUGAAGAAAGUUUGCCAAGUGAAAUUCUUUAUAGAAUAGAGUCAAAUGACAGUGAAAAUGUUUUACCUUUCAGAAUAGGGAAAUUUUAUUCCAAAAAAGAAGAGAGAAAGGACGUUUUGAUUGUUGACGAUAUGGAAUUCAAUUUGGAGGUCUUGGGUUCAAUAUUGAAAAGUGGGGAAGUUAAUUAUGAUGAAGCGUCUAAUGGAAAAGAAGCGGUUGAGAAGGUAAUAGAAAAAGACUGUGUGGACAAACCGUAUAAAUUGAUUGUGAUGGACUGUGAAAUGCCUGAAAUGAACGGGUGGGAAGCUUCGAGGUAUAUUAAUCAACUGUAUAGGCAAGGCAAGAUUAAAUAUUUACCACAGAUAGUUGGGCAUUCAGCUUACUGCUCAGAUGAUGACAUAAAGCUGUGCUACCAAAGUGGCAUGGUUGAGUUUUUACCAAAGCCUUGCUCUCCUGAGAAAAUUCUAAGUACUCUUACUCCCCCCUCCGUGAGCGAGCAAAACCAUUGGAAAAAUCCAUAAUUUUUGUCCAAAAGCCCAUCCUCCGUGAGCGAACAAAUUUUUUUAUGAAAAAGCAUUUUGAAAUAUAAGUGAUAAUUAUAAUGAAAUCUCUAGCUAAUUAUGCUUAAAAAAUUGAAUUUUGAAACAUAAAUUUUUACAAAUUGGGAAUUUUUUUAAAUUUUGAAAAAAAAAUUAACACCCCAUGCGGAGCGAACAAAAUUUUUAUGCUCGCUCCCUCAGGGGUAGUUAAGAAAUUUUAUAUGUAA